AUGCUCGCCCGAAGCGCCCUGUGCCCCGCGAGGGCCUUCGCCAGCCGCCAGCCGCCCGCCAUUCUCGCGCCGUGCUCGGCCGCGGCGUCUUCCUCUUGGACAUGCACACGACCAGCCAAGCUUCCGCAGCACUCGCAGCACUCCCAAACGCGAUUCCUCACACAACACCGCGCCGCCUCCACCAAGCCUGCCGUCCGCAGCGCCGCCACAGCGCCGUCGGCGCCCGGUGCCAAGCAGAUACCAGGCACAGCAGCUCUCACAUGGAACGACUUCUUCGCCCUGCGCCGAACGCGCCGGCGGGUUGGGCAGGCGUGCUCGGGCGCCAGUGCCAUUGGCGUGACGUACUACGGCCUGACCUUCAUGAUCAACAACGGCUACGACGCCGUUCUGUCGGAGCAGCUGGGCGGCUUUGAGCCCAUGAUGCUGAUGGGCUUGAGCACCACGGGCAUGCUGGCCGUAGGAUGGCUGAUUGGGCCCAUCUUUGGCAACCACGUCUUCAAUCUGGCGUACCGGGGCGUGCUGAAGGAGUUCACAGCCAAAGACUCGGCCUUCUUCAACCGCAUCAAGCGUCACCGCGUCGAUCCCUCUGUCUCCUCGCUCGCCAACCCACCGCCAGACUACUACGGCGAGAAAAUUGGCAGUGUUGCUGGCUACAGGCGCUGGCUGAAGGAUCAGCGCGCCUUCAACCUGAAGACCGGCCGACACCAGCGCGGGCAGAUCUAG